GCGCGCAGGAGCCUCUCCGUUCAUACGCGCUCUUCUGCUCACGCGCCUCCUCACAUGUAACUACUGUCAUCAAUGGCAAAAGCGCUCGCGCAGAAGGGACUAAUUAUUUUCCAUUUGGAGGAUAAUUAAAGCGAGUGAUUAGAGUAACGACGGGGGCUGUGAAGGGAAAGUCACCCAUUUUUGGCUCUUUGUCCAAUGACAAUGUUUCAGACUGUCCCUGACACUUCAUCAUAUGUCAAGGAGGCGCUAUCAGUGGUGAGUGAAGACCAGUCUCUGUUUGAGCCUCCCUACGCAUCUGCUGCCCCUCUACCCAAAACAGACAUGACAGCAUCUAGCACACAGGAUUACGGACAGCAGCACAAGAUUAAUCCCAUCCAGCCUCAACAGGAGUGGAUCAAUCAGCCGGCCCGCAUUAACGUAAAACGCGAAUACGACCACCUCAACGGAACCAGAGAAUCCCCUGUGGACUGCAGCGUGGGGAAAUGCAAUAAGCUGGUGAGCAGCUCAGACACUUCUCAGAUGGGUUACGGAGGCUACAUGGAUGAGAAGAGUGCCCCGCCCCCUAACAUGACCACCAACGAGAGGAGAGUCAUAGUUCCAGCAGAUCCUUCUCUGUGGUCCCCGGAUCAUGUACGGCAGUGGCUAGACUGGGCUGUAAAAGAGUACGGCCUCCUAGAAAUGGACACAGCUAUGUUCCAGAACACGGAUGGCAAGGAACUGUGUAAGAUGAGCAAAGAGGAUUUCCUGAGACUCACCACUGUGUAUAAUGCUGAAGUCCUGCUCUCACAUCUUAAUUACCUCAGGGAAAGUAGCUCAUCACUAUCAUACACCACACCAUCUCACACUGACCAGUCUCCACGUUUGGCUGCCAAAGAAGACGCCUCAUAUGAUGCUGUACGGAGGACAGGCUGGUCAAACAACAUGCACAGUGGUAAAGGCUCCCCUACUGUGGUCUCACAGAAUGUAUCUAAGAGCACUGAACAAACCAGGCCUCAGCCAGAUCCAUAUCAGAUCUUAGGACCCACAAGCAGUCGACUUGCCAAUCCAGGCUCAGGCCAGAUCCAACUGUGGCAGUUCCUCUUGGAGCUUCUAUCCGACAGCGCCAACGCUAGCUGUAUCACGUGGGAAGGCACAAACGGCGAGUUUAAAAUGACCGACCCCGACGAGGUCGCGCGGCGCUGGGGAGAGCGCAAGAGCAAGCCCAACAUGAACUAUGACAAGCUGAGCCGUGCGCUGCGCUACUACUAUGACAAAAACAUCAUGACCAAGGUGCACGGCAAGCGAUACGCCUACAAGUUUGACUUCCAUGGCAUUGCCCAAGCCAUGCAGCCCCACCCCACUGAGUCUACCAUGUACAAGUAUCCGUCUGAAUUGGCCUAUGUGCCUUCUUACCAUGCUCACCAGCAGAAGGUCAACUUCGUCCCACCACACCCACCUUCCAUGCCCGUCACUUCAUCCAAUUUUUUUGGCCCUUCUAACCCUUAUUGGAGCUCCCCUACGGCAGGUAUCUACCCCAGUGCCAGUGUGCCCAGACAUCCCAACACUCAUAUGCCCUCACACCUGGGUAGUUACUACUAAAUCCAGUCAGCCACAUGCCAACCAAAAGCUGCACUCAAAAGGAGGGCAAAAAUUGAAAAAGAAAAAAUGACAAUUUAUAAAAAUGAAGGAGAAUCAGGGCUAAAUUCACUAAAGCAAGGAACUGGAUGAAGAAAAAAAGAAAAAAGGAAGGAGAAAGAAUGAACCAAAAACUGGAUGUUGCAUUGAUCCACUUCAAAAUGGAGUACUACUUAUUCACAGGACAAGUAACUGUUUAGUUUUUGUUUAUGUCUGUUUGUCUAGAGUGUGUUUUUUUUUUUUUUUUGCAUAUGUUUUUGCAUCUUUCUACCCCUGUUAAAAGUAUAUUCCAAAGCAUCCCCUCGACACACAUGUACCUCCCCAAUAUGGAGUCAAACCCUCCAAAAUUCCACAGAUGUAAAUGGUCUUGGUGUGCAAAUGUGAAACGUCUCCAGUCCCAUUAUUGGGGUACAUCCUAUGCCAUGCUAGAGUUUAGACAAGCAAUAUAGCACAAGAGAUCAUGGAUGAAAAGACAAAUCCAGAAUCACUGUGACACUGUGACAACAUUCUCUCUGCUAAUACAGAUCAUUUUAAUAUUCCAACGCUUCAGUAAAACAGGGUCUGUUCAUCUAUCUGUUUUGUUCACGGACUCCUCUAAAAGUCAGCUAAUUACAACUAACCAAAUCGCAUCACAAGAGGGAUAUCUGGCAGCAAUGAAAAUAAUAUGUAUACAACGCAACUGGAAGGUUCAGGUUCAACCAUGUCUCUCUUACUCUUCCUACUAACUGGAAUUCUGAAACAUUGGCCGUAGCCGAGGAAAACAAGUGUAGGUUUGCACAGAGUUUUGUCCGUGUCAGUCACCACAAUCCCAAAAGUAACAUUCCCAGCAGGUCUGUCUUGCCAGGAAUAUUUUAUUGGCUAGCCAAAGUGUCGAUCAGCACAAUCAGAGAAUUACCGUUCCUAUGAAGUCGGAAAGUCAAUAAAAGGCUUACAGAUUCCUAUGAGUUUCAUUGUAAUGUAGCACUCCACAGACGAAAGAUGAACACCUGCCAACGGCUCGUGGUUGGUCUUGUGAAAACCAAUCAAACAUUGUCAAAGUCUACCAUGCAGUAUUUAAAGCCAAACCACAGAGUCAGUGCUGAUGUGAAAACAGCCUGUGAAAAAGACAAUCAAUUUUUAAUCCACUUAGUGUUCAUUUUUUCGAAAGCAGCCCAAAGUGGCUUUACUUUCGCCGCUGUACCUCACUGUGUUUAUAAGGUUAGACAUGUAUUUGUAUCUUAUUUGCCAUUAAAAAUUCAAUCAGCUAGAGCUCAUCUCACAAACAUUACUUAAACGUCAUUACAUGUUAAAAUGAUGUUCCUGAACACAGUAACUUUGUUUUUAUGAAGUUGAAGUCAUUACCUGAAGCUACUUAAAUCACUGAACAGCUGAAUGUGGACAUUAUGCAAAGUACCUCUUAUACAAAUUGAAUGAAUUAAACAAGUUAACAUUUAAAACAACACAAAAGUUUGAAACCAGUGUGAUCCUCAGAUUCGCGAACGCUGUGCGUUUGUCAGACCUAUUAGCUAUUAUUUUUUAAUCAACGGUCAACUAGGCAUUAAAAGCAUCUUACUGUAUAAAUUAUGCAGAGUUAUUUUCAUAUGUGACAGUAUUAAAAGAUCAAGAGAAUGAAUACGAGUUGACCUCGGUCAAAUGCAAACUUUUUUAAGCCGGUGUUGAAGGUAGUAUGUACAGCAUUAGUGUUUUGUAUCUGUACAUUUGGGCAAUAAAUUUAUGAAUGUUUUUGUUUUGUAAUGUGCUCUGUGCCUUGUCAUGAUGAGGUGAAAGUAUUUGAUUUGUUUGUUUUUCUUCUUUUAAUGAUACCACAAACGACUUAUAGAAAACCAUUUGCUUUAUAGACCACAAUACUGUAAUACUGUAAGUGCCAAAUAAAAAAAAAAUAUUUUUUCUGUUAAAGCUUCAAAUCCCAAAGACAACAUUCAAACGUGCCUCACAAAUGAUUGCAGGGUCUUAAAUUAGACAGGUUUGGUAUUCCUAUGCUUGAAUUUUCUUAAAUGUAGAUAUAGAGCAAUUCACAUUUUAAAUGAUGAAUGAAUAAAUAAAUAAAUAAAUAAAUAGAUAAAUAAAUAAAUAAAUAAAUAAAUAAAUA